AGAUGAGACCAGUGUCUCGGGCACUGGCUCCUCAUCUCACUCGGUCCUAUGCCAAAGAUGUAAAAUUUGGUGCGGAUGCUCGAGCCUUAAUGCUUCAAGGUGCAGAUCUUUUAGUCGAUGCUGUAGCUGUUACAAUGGGGCCAAAGGGAAGAACAAUGAUUAUUGAACAAGGUUGGGGAAGUCCUAAAGUAACAAAAGACGGGGUCACCAUUGCAAAGUCAAUUGAUUUAAACGAUAAAUACAAAAAUAUCGGAGCUAAACUUGUUCAGGAUGUUGCCAAUAACACAAAUGAAGAGGCUGGGGAUGGCACCACCACUGCCACUGUUCUGGCAUGGUCUAUUGCCAAGGAGGGCUUUGAGAAAUUCACCAAAGGGGCUAAUCCAGUGGAAAUCUGGAGAGGUGUGAUAUUGGCUGUUGAUGCUGUAAUUGCUGAACUUAAGAAACAAUCUAAACCUGUGACAACCCCUGAAGAAAUUGCUCAGGUUGUUACAAUUUCUGCAAAUGGCGACAAAGACAUUGGGAACAUCAUUUCUGAUGCAGUGAAGAAGGUUGGAAGAAAGGGUGUCAUCACAGUGAAGGAUGGAAAAACCCUGAAUGAUGAGCUAGAAAUUAUUGAGGGCAUGAAGUUUGAUAGAGGAUAUAUUUUCCCAUAUUUUAGUAACACAUCAAAAGGUCAAAAAUGUGAAUUCCUCGAUGCCUAUGUUUUGUUGAGUGAAAAGAAAAUUUCUAGUGUUCAGUCCAUUGUACCUGCUCUUGAAAUUGUCAAUGCUCAUUAGAAACCCUUGGUCAAAAUUUCUGAAGAUGUUGAUGGAGAAGCUCUUAGCAUACUGGUUUUGAACAGGCUAAAAGUUGGUCUUCAGGUUGUAGCAGUCAAAGCUCCAGGGUUUGGGGACAACAGGAAGAACCAGCUUAAAGAUAUGAUUUUCGCUACUGGUGAUGCAGUGUUUGGAGAAGAGGGGUUGAAUCUAAAUCUUAAAGAUGUUCAAGCUCAUGAUUUAGCAAAAGUUGAAGAGGUCUUUUUCACCAAUGAUGAUGCCAUGCUUUUGAAAGGAAAAGGUGACAAAGUUCACAUUGAAAAAUGUAUUCAAGAAAUAACUGAGCAGCUAGAUGUCACAACUAGUGUAUAUGAAAAGGAAAAGCUAAACGAGCAACUUGCUAAACUUUCAGAUGGAGUAGAAGUGUUGAAGGUUGGAGGGACAAGUUAUGUUGAAGUGAAUGAGAAGAAAGACAGAGUUACAGAUGCUAUCAAUGCUACAAGAGCAGCUGUUGAAGAAGGCAUUGUUAUAGGAGGGGGCUGUUCUUUGCUUCGGAUCAUCCCAGCCUUGGAUUCAUUAAAGCCUGCUAAUGAAGAUCAGAAGAUAGGUAUAGAAAUUAUUAAAAGAGCACUUAAAAUUCCUGCAAUGACGAUUGCUAAGAAUACAGGUGCUGAAGGACCUUUGAUAGUUGAAAUUCUUCAGAGUUCCUCAGAAGUUAGUUAUGAUGCCAUGCUUGGAGAUUUUGUGAACAUGAUGGAAAAGGGAACCAUUGAUCCAAAAAAGGUUGUAAGAACUGCUUUACUGGAUGCUGCUGGAGUGGCCUCCUUGCUAACUACAGCUGAAGCUGUAGUGACAGAAAUUCCUAAAGAAGAGAAGGACCCUGGAAUUAGUGCAAUGUGUGGAAUGGGAGAGGGUAUGGGAGGUGGCAUGUUCUAACUCCUAGAAAAGUGCUUUGCCCUUAUCAAUGAACUGUGACAGGAAGCUCAAG